UUGGUCCACCGUCUUCAACAUUCUCUCCAUAAAAGCUGCGUCGAAAAAGGGUGCAGAGCCCCGAAGAAGACUCUCGUCGAUUCUUACUCAUCGUUCUCUUAUUUGCUCUUCAUUGCUUCGUUAGAUUCUAGAGGCAAGUCAUGGCGAAAUCACCGGACCAGGAGCAUCCUCACAAGGCCUUCGGGUGGGCUGCCCGAGACAAGUCUGGUCUUCUCUCGCCCUUCCAUUUCUCUCGGAGGGAAAAUGGUGAUGAAGAUGUCACCAUCAAAAUCCUCUUCUGCGGGGUUUGUCAUUCUGACCUUCACAUUGCCAAGAAUGAAUGGGGGUUCACAAAUUACCCCAUUGUCCCUGGGCAUGAAAUUGUUGGAACUGUGAUGAAUGUGGGAAGCAAUGUGAAGAAAUUCAAAGUGGGUGAGCGAGUAGGUGUUGGGGUCCUAGUGGGCUCCUGCAAGAAAUGUGAGAACUGCCAGCAGGAUCUGGAAAACUACUGCCCCCAGCCAAUAUUUACCUAUAAUUCCCAUUACACAGAUGGAACAAAAACUUAUGGGGGUUACUCUGAUACGAUAGUCGUUGAUGAGCGUUAUGUGCUUCGUUUCCCUGACAACUUACCAUCGGAGGGUGGUGCGCCACUAUUAUGUGCUGGAAUCACGGUGUAUAGCCCGAUGAAAUACUAUGGCAUGACAGAGCCUGGGAAGCAUUUGGGUGUGGCUGGACUUGGUGGGCUUGGUCAUGUGGCCGUAAAAAUGGGCAAGGCAUUUGGACUGAAAGUUACUGUUAUUAGUUCCUCUCCCAAAAAGGAAGCUGAGGCGAUUGAAAAACUUGGUGCUGAUUCCUUCCUUUUAACCAGUGACCCUACAAAAAUGAAGGCAGCUUUAGGAACCAUGGACUACAUCAUCGACACAGUUUCUGCUGUACACCCUCUUCUUCCAUUGCUUAGUCUGCUCAAGCUGAAUGGCAAACUUGUUACUGUGGGGUUGCCUGAUAAGCCCCUAGAGCUGCCCAUCUUUCCCUUGGUUCUGGGCCGCAAGCUUGUUGGUGGCAGUGAUGUAGGAGGAAUGAAGGAGACUCAGGAGAUGCUAGACUUUUGUGCGAAACAUGGUAUCACUGCAGACGUUGAGGUGAUCCAGAUGGACUACAUCAAUACAGCUAUGGAAAGGCUUGCGAAGUCUGAUGUGAGGUACAGGUUUGUGAUCGAUGUGGCCAGCUCUUUGUCACAGUAGAGAUAUAUGGCGAUGCAUUCUGGAUAUUUCGUCUGCCAGUUUCAAGGGCAUUUUAUUAGAAUAAAACGAAACUGUCGGUGCGAAGAUUUUGCGCACUUUGGUUCUUGCUGGUUUAUAUUUUCCUUCUGCACACUUCGGCUUUCUUUGCUUCAUUAAAUGUACUAGUUCUGCGUUCUUGUA